UACCAGGUAAGCCAAGCUGGAAAAAUAAAUAAAUUAGCAAAAUCAUCUAACACAACCAGUCCGCCGAAACAAACCGAAUACCGCAAAAUCGCCGAUCACCUCUCCCCGCCGAUCCGAUUCAAAUAAUCGGCGUCAGAAUCAAUACGACGCCGUUUUAAUCCAGAAAUCCUAAGCCUUCUGUCGAUCUCUAUUACUAUGGGGGAAAAAACUAUGAGCGAAGAAGACGGUAAGAACAGGGCCUCUUCGGCCGGCGGUGAACGGUUGCCGGAAAAUUAUUACUACGGUACGUUUCAAGGAGUAGCUAAUUAUCCGCCUCCUUCUGCUUCGUCUGCUCCCCCGCAGUCUCAGCCGGUGUUCGGGUUUCCUCAGCCGGUUCCUCCGCCUGGUUCCUCCGGCGCUCCUCCUCAUUACUAUCCUCAUGCUUAUCAAACUCCUCACGGUUAUGCUGUUGCUGAAGGUAGACCUGUAAGGGAGCAUCGUCUUCCUUGUUGUGGAAUUGGGAUCGGCUGGUUCUUGUUCAUCUCUGGUUUCUUUCUUGGUACCAUCCCUUGGUACAUCGGAGCUUUUCUUCUUCUGUGUGUACGGAUUGAUUAUAGAGAGAAGGCUGGCCUUAUAGCUUGCACAUUGGGGGCCAUGCUUGCUUUGAUUGCUUUGACUUUUGGUGUCACAAAGGCAACUCAUUCCUGGUGAGGCUAUCCAAGCUGCAAAAUGUAACUUAUUCUCUAUAAAAAGGUGGGGAAGAGACGAAGGAAAGGGCAACUUUAGUAAUUGGUUUUUGUUUGUAAGAUGUCUCCUUUUCUCAAUUUGUAUAGCAAAUAUUGACUUGGUGGUUCUUAUACUUGUCAGUUAUCAUACUUUUCCUUUAUAAUUUUUGUGGUACUUCUUGGUUUGAUGUAUAUUUUUUGAAAAUUCCCCAAUAGAAGUGCAGAAAUAAAUUGGAGGUUUGUGUAAAAUUGGCUGCUCCAUUGGCAAGAAGUUUAGAAAUUGCAAAGAUUGUUGGAGA